AUGGAUGACGACUUCACUCUAUCUGAACUUAAAAAGGCCAUAAAUACUUGCCCCAAACGUUCAUCCCCUGGUCCCGAUGGUAUCAGCUAUGACAUGAUCAGAAACAUGGAAGAAGACACUCUCCUUUGCCUUCUGCACAUGUUCAACAACAUAUGGAAAGCUGCAUGGCCAACCUCUCUUUUCCUCAUAAACAAACAAACAAACAAGAAGGCCAUCAAGGCGCAGAAGAACGUCCGUGCCACGGACAAGAAGAAGAAGAAGCGCAGGAGGAAGGAGAGCUUCAGCAUCUACAUCUACAAAGUCCUGAAGCAGGUACAUCCGGACACGGGCGUUCCCAGCAAGGCCAUGUCCAUCAUGAACAGCUUCGUGAACGACAUCUUCGAGCGCAUCGCUGCCGAGUCCUCGCGCCUGGCGCACUACAACAAGCGGUCGACCAUCACCAGUCGGGAGAUACAGACCGCCGUGCGCCUGCUGCUGCCCGGCGAGCUGGCCAAGCACGCCGUGUCCGAAGGUACCAAGGCCGUCACCAAGUACACGAGCUCCAAGUAAGCUGCGGUUCGACCACCACCCAGAACAACCAAAGGCCCUUUUCAGGGCCACCCCAAAUGCUUUCCGCGACGCUGUGACUUACACCGAGCACGCCAAGCGCAAGACGGUGGCUGCGAUGGACGUCGUGUACGCCCUCAAGCGCCAGACUGCUCGUAAGAGUACAGAUUAAUUCCGGUGUGGCAAUUCUGUGCGGCUUUGGACCUUGUGCGUGUGUUUGCUCUUGUGAAUCGGUGUUUCUCCUCAUCGAGGGAGUGCCGGUAAGGGCUAGAAUAGAUAGAGGCAUAAUAAACAUUGAUUAGCGUUAG